UGUUUAAAUACUUCAUUUCAUCUCAUAUAUUUUCUGGGUUUCCACCAUUACCAGGACCAUUCCUCUCUCUCUCUCUCUCUCUCUCAUCAUUGACUUAUUCAUCAUGGACCAGCCGGACUUCAACUCCGGCAAGUCGCCGAGAAGAGAGCUGCAAGGCCCCCGACCCACCCCUCUAAAAGUCCGAAAAGACUCUCACAAGAUCAGAAAACCACCGGUGGCGCCGCAGCAACAGCCGUCUCAGCCACCGCAACCCCACCACCACCACCACCACCACCACCAAACGCACCCCCGCAUUAUAUACACAGUCUCCCCAAAAGUGAUCCACACAGACCCAAGUGAGUUCAUGACACUGGUUCAACGCCUCACCGGCUCAUCUUCCACAACCACAUGUUCUUCCUCUUCAAUUACUUCUUCUUCUUCUUACUUUUCCGAUCACGCUAACGGAGCAAUAUCUCCGGCGGCUCGCUUCGCUUCCACAGAGAAGACAAAGUCGCCGGAGAAGAAGAAACAACAACAUCAACAGCAACAAGAAGAGAGUAGUGAUAUGGGUAUGAUUGAAGGGGUAGAGAUAAGCACAGAGGUAGAGAGAACUGGGUUUUUUCCGGGGAUAUUAUCGCCUGGUCCGGCGGCUCUUCCACCGAUUCCGGCGAACUUCUUCUCUCCACCGUCUGAUCCGAAUCCUAUGAGUUUCUUAUAUGAUUUUAGCCCUGUAUUACAAGGUAAUAACAAGAAUUACUUAGAGGGUAGUUCUAGUUUCAUGAUGCCUAGUCCUUCAUUCUUUCUCUCACCUCAUAUAACUUCCCCAACUACUCCAUCUCUAGACAUUUUCAACAAUUUCUUUGACUUUCAGUUUUAAUUUUAAUUUUAACCCCCCCUUUCUUUUUUUUGUUUUAGAGACUGGCCUGGUUUUAUUUUUCUGUAUUUACAAUGUUGAUCAUGAUGGUAUGAUUGAGGGACAAAAUGAGAAAUUUCCUUUUCUUUUUUUUCUUUUUUUUUUUUCUCUGGUUUAUUUGGGGUUGUGGUGGACAAGCUAGAGACUUCUUUCUUCUUAGGUUUUUCUUUCUAUUUUUAUUAAAUUGGUGGGCCAAAUGAAGAGGUAGUUUGGCUCAAUUUCUUCCUCAUCUUUGUAAUACUCAUCCCUAGCUUUCUUGUAUACCAUUUUUUGUCAUAUACUUGUGGCAUGUAAUUUGCAACAUGGUACUAAUUUCAAUUUCCAAUUUUUAUUGGUCC